AUGUGUUUCCUUUGGCACAAUCAAAAUCUAGAAACACACAAUUUUGUUUUUGUGGAUGGAAGAAGAAGAGGACAAGAUCAAUGUAAACAAAUUCAAACGGAUUCUUCAAUAGAAACAAACAAAGGAAAAUUCUCAAGCAUGGAUUUUAGCUUUUGUUUGACUUCUCCAAUCAUUUACAACCUUGUACAUUUUCUUCUUGUUUUUUCUUUGCUUUGUCCUGUUUUUUCUUCCUCAAAAGUUGACAACAACCCAGUUGUUAAUAACACUUUCAAACCAAAUGAAGAGUUGCAUAAAUUGAACUUCAUAAGAAAUCAUCUUCAACAGAUCAAUAAACCUUCCAUCAAAACAAUUCAGAGUCCUGAUGGUGAUAUCAUAGAAUGCGUUAUUUCUCAUAUUCAACCCGCUUUUGAUCAUCCUCUAUUAAAAGGAAAAAGACCGUUGGAUCCACCAGAAAGGCCUAAAUCUCAUAACAAAAUGGAUGAGAUGACUGAGAAUUUUCAGUUAUGGAGAUCAUCCGGAGAAUCAUGUCCAGAAGGAACAAUUCCGAUUCGAAGAACAACAGAACAAGACAUGUUAAGAGCUAAUUCUAUAAACACAUUUGGAAGAAAAUUAAGAAAACGUGUUAGAAGGGACACAAACAGCAAUGGACAUGAGCAUGCAGUUGGGUAUGUGACUGGAAAUCAAUACUAUGGAGCAAAAGCAAGCAUAAAUGUGUGGGCCCCACGAGUUGCAAAUCAAUAUGAAUUCAGUUUAUCCCAAAUGUGGGUAAUUUCUGGUUCAUUUGGGGAUGAUUUAAACACCAUUGAAGCUGGUUGGCAGGUCAGCCCUGAGCUCUAUGGGGACAGUUACCCUAGAUUCUUUACUUAUUGGACGAGUGAUGCUUAUCAAGCUACUGGAUGUUACAAUUUACUUUGUUCGGGUUUUGUUCAAACUAACAAUAAAAUAGCAAUCGGAGCUGCAAUAUCUCCGACUUCGGCUUAUACAGGAGGACAAUUUGAUAUUAGUUUGCUGAUUUGGAAGGAUCCAAAGCAUGGAAAUUGGUGGCUCGAGUUUGGAUCGGGGAUUCUGGUCGGAUACUGGCCUUCCUUUUUGUUUACGCAUUUAAGAGAUCAUGCGAGUAUGGUACAAUUUGGCGGGGAAAUUGUGAAUUCGAAUCAAGGGUCACACACUUCAACUCAAAUGGGAAGUGGACAUUUUGCUAGAGAAGGUUUUGGAAAAGCAUCCUAUUUUAGAAAUUUGCAAGUUGUGGAUUGGGAUAACAAUUUGAUACCAUUGUCAAAUCUUAGGGUUCUAGCAGAUCAUCCAAAUUGCUAUGAUAUACAAGGAGGAAUUAAUAAUGUUUGGGGGAAUUACUUUUAUUAUGGUGGACCUGGAAGAAAUGUGAAAUGUCCCUAA